GCCACCUCGUGCCGUCUCCGUCCAAUCAGGGAGCGGACUGAAUUUAGCCAGCCCUCCUUCUGCAGAGAAGCUUUUGACGGUGGCAUGAGUAAAUUUUAAUACCGAAAGUAUUCCCGGCUAUGUCCGCCGCCGAAAUGGCUUCUGCGGCUUCAGAAGAAGCACCCGCGCUAAGCGACGAGAAAGACGUACCGACGGCGGCCACAAACAACGGCAAUGGCGAGGAGAAGGAAAAUGGCCCUACCGAACCGGAAACGGAACAGCCAGACGGUAGCCUAGAGCCGAAAAUGGAAGCGGUGGAGGCGGAGGUUGGCGAGGAGAAGCCCGCUGCAGAUUCAGACAAGGCCGCGAGCGAGGUGGUGUCAGACGACGGUGUUUCUUUGGGCGACAAGGAGGUGACAAACGCUCCCGGAGAGCCAGAGCCAGUAACGGAAUCACAGCAGAGCCCGGGAGACGGUCACAGCGAACCUACCGGCGAUAGCGCGAUAAAAGAUGCUAAGGAGGAGACGGGAGAGGAUAGCCGGAGUUCGGGGACAGACAGCGAGAAAAGCAAAACUGUCAGCGAAGAUGGAGAUAAAGCCAGCGCUGGUGGUGGGGAGAUGGGUGACAAGAGGCGGGCGAGUGUGGAGAUAUCAUCCUCGGAUGGUGAACCCUUGAGCCGUAUGGACUCAGAGGACAGUAUCAGCAGUACCUUGAUGGAGAUGGAGAGCCUAGUAUCCAGCGGGCGCUCCACCCCUGCCAUGAUGAAUGGACAGGGUAGUGCCAGCCGCUCUGGAAACAAGUCGAUGGCUUACCAGUGUUGCUGGGACCUCUGUCCAGAGUGCUUCAACUCUAGUCCUGAUCUGGCAGAGCACAUCAGGGGGAUUCAUGUGGAUGGGCAGAGAGGAGGGGUUUUUGUGUGUCUGUGGAAGGGUUGCAAGGUGUAUAACACGCCAUCCACCAGUCAGAGCUGGCUCCAGAGACACAUGCUGACCCACAGUGGGGAUAAGCCCUUCAAGUGUGUAGUUGGUGGCUGCAAUGCCAGUUUUGCUUCUCAAGGUGGACUGGCUCGUCACGUACCCAGUCACUUCAAUCAGCAGAACUCCUCGAGAAUGUCUGGUCAGGCCAAACUCAAGGAGGACUCCCCUUCUAAGGCCGGACUCAACAAAAGGAAGAAGCUCAGGAACAAACGCAGGUGCUCCUUACCGAGACCCCAUGACUUCUUUGAUGCUCAGACCAUGGAUGCCAUUCGGCACAGAGCCAUCUGCCUCAACCUCGCCACCCACAUUGAAAGUGUGGGCAAUGGCCACAGUGUUGUCUUUCACAGUACGGUGCUAGCCAAAAGGAAAGAGGGGUCUGGCAAGGUCAAGGUUCUUCUGCAUUGGACACCUGAGGACAUGUGAGUAAAACUUUUCCUACAUGUUAUUAUAGAUCUGCAUGAGCAUUUGCCUUAUAUUAAAUAAUAUACAGGGUGUAAGCUUUCGAUUUCAUAGUGCUUUAGUUCCUUAGCUGUUCACUGGCAAUGAUCGAAACACAUACCGUUAGAAAGGAGGGAUUUGUGAAUUUCAUGUGGUUGCCAGUAUGUAGUAUAACGACUGCAGUGUCUCCAGGGAUGGGUUUGACUAUCGUAUGGAUAUAUGCCACGAGUCUGGAGGGAGACACAUUUUGUAAGCUUUAUAUUUAGAUAUGUAUUUUAAAAUUUACUGCAGGCUUCUAUGUCCAUUACUUUCAAAAAUAUAUCCUUUUGAAAUGGGAUGCUUGUUUUUGAUAGACUGUGUAUAAGCCAAAAAAUAAGUGCCAGCAUGUUUUAAAGAUGUUUUGGCAGGCCUCCUCUGACUUCUAAAUUGUGAGACUAUUCAUGCUUCAGGGGCGUCUGUAUGAACCAUCUUGGGUUUUGAACUGAAACUGAACCUGACACUUGCAUGUCUGCCUUGUAAACGGGACAGUCUUUAAGUUGUUGUAGUAACCUUGUUGUGCAAAUACUUCUGGGUCUGACUACGAGAUGAACUAAUUCACUAGUUUAACCCCACUGAGAAGGAGAAGACGUGCACUCUGACAUUUGUUAAUAAUUAAUGUGGAAUGUUAAAAAGUAAUAUACUUUAUUUCUAUAGGACCUUGCAAAACUCAAGUUACAAGGUGCUUGGGGGUAAUGGUCUGCACUGAUAUAGUCCCAUUUAUCCUUGUUUCUCAUUCGCACACUUGCACACUAAUGGUGGCAGCGCAGCCAUGCUCACCUACCAUCUGAUUUGGUGUCUUGUCCAAGGGCAGGUUUGCAGCAUACUUUACCACCUCAGCCAUGGCCACACAAUAAUAAUAAUUUAUACUAAUAUUUGUAAGCCAUAAUAUGUAAAUGUAACCAGUGUACAACAAGGCAGCUCAACACCUCUUGUACAAACCUCCACAUCUGUAACAAUCCAAAGACUGAACCACUUGUACAAAAUUUACCUCUUUGAGCUGUAGCAGUUUGUACGAGUAUGUGUCAUCCAGCUGCACAUGCAGCGAUCUGGGCUUCCUUCAUGUCGGGGCUUGUUAUAAAUCUUCCUUACUUGGCUGAAUGAAUGGAUAAACUUGUACUAAGCCCACUGAGACUUGGACCGUUCUGCACAGUCAUCACCCGUUUAAAUGCCUUUUGCCAGCUUAGCCUUCCUGGGCUCAGUCCACUGGAGGUGAACAUUGGAAGCAAAAAGAGAGAGAGCUUCACAGAACUCUGUGAUUGUCAGUAGGGCUUUUGCUCACGGGUAGAUCCAACCAAACUCCCAACUCUCCCACACUCCUAUUAAAGGUUUUGACUGAAAGGCAUCUGAAAAUGAUCAGAGUGCCGACUGAGAAAGAGAACAAGGAUGACGAGAGAUAAGCGGGAAAGAACUAGAAACAGAGAAGGAAGGGGAGCGAGAACAAGGUCAGUGGUGGCAAAGAAAUAGUUUGAAAACAAAGGGACCUGGCAAAGACGGGAGUACUGGCACGAGUUUGCAAAUCCAGCUGUCUGCUAAAAGCUUCCAUUGAACAGACUGUAGAAAAAUCUUUAUUCUCUGAUGUUUCUGCAGUCCAUCCUCCUCUUCUUUCCUUUUCCCAUCUCCGAUCCACCUCUACAACCUUCUGCUUUCCAUGCAUGUGGGAGUUUAAUCUAAUGUGGGGAGAAAUAAUAAGGGAGUGGGGAAAGGAAGAGAGAGAUGAAGUUUGGUGAUUAGGAAACAUUUCUCAAAUUAAUUCCAAACAGAGAGACAAAGAUUGAGAUUGAUGCUGAGACCCCAAAGACAGAUGCAGGCAGAAUAGAUGAGGAAAAGAAUAGGAGGGACAGAGAUAGGAGGAAAGUGAGAAAUAGGAGUGGGAGCAAAAUGGCUGUGGGAGUGAGAAAUGUGAGGAAGAGGCAGAAUGAAAUCAGAGGGAAUGAAUGAUAGGGAGGGGAUUUAACAGAAAGAUGGAAGGCAAGAAUGAGACGCCUUGGUUCAUGCAGAAGAAGGCAGUGGUAGUACUGAGUCAUACAUUUGCCUUGGGCCAGAGGAGUGCUUGGGUCAUUAAUAUGGAUAAUUAUCCCAUUACGGAGGGGGGUUACAGUAAUGUCUUAAGCCGCGUGGUUGUGAGGGUGGCUUGAGUACCUCUUAACAGAUGAAAGUUGACCAGGGGACCGAACUAAGUUUGCUUGUACAACAUUUGCUAGGCUGUCUUUUCUAUUAAGUUUAGAGGUGACUAUUUUGCCACCUCUUGUUGGAUAAAGUUCUUUAGUCUGUCAGGCUUUCUUCUUACAGAGGCACAUUUUUUUAGUUUACAUUGAUUUUCGGGGCACAUUUACCGGUUUGUAAAACAAUAAAUCUAUGAUUUCAGACAAGAAGCUUUUCAUCCAUAGCCAAGAACCUGUGCCAGGUCUCGUUAACUAGCAAGAGAAGUAAGAAAAGAACACUUGAUCUCAUUUGGCCUCGUUCACUAAUACAUGCAUAGAAAUGUUCUUACCCUGCACAAGAAAUGAAUGCUCAUGAAAAACUACCCUUGGAUUUAUUAGACUUGCACACUGACCACUGUAGUCUUACCGCCACACAUAUGUUUGUGAGUUCAGAAUAAUUUUAAGUCAGUCUGGCCUUAUUUCUCUUUUUAAGAAAGCAUAUUUACCUUGAGGAGAAGUGGAGAAAGUGGUGAGGAUGUUGUAAGAACGAAGUAUGCUUUCUCCCAGCUAAAAACUGGAAGAGAAGACAAGUUGGAAGUCAGAAAAGGCGCAAAGUGUUUCCAUGGGAGUGACAAUGAGGUUAAAACAAAGUGAACUGACGGAGGUGCCUGAUAUCUUUUCCACUGACAGGCUCAUUGUGGGUCUCGGGGGGAGUUUUGACACUAAGGUAAUAUGAAAUACAGACUAAUAGACCAAAAGAAAAAGAAACCUGGUAGAGAGAAAAGAGCAGCAGAUCAGCCCGAAAUGAGAAACACUCAACAAUGAGUGAAAAACAUGUUAUCACAUCUGUGGGAUAGUGCAAGGAAUUAGACUGUAAGUGAUGACAUCACUUAUAGGAUGAAAAUCAUAUGUAGAAUACGUUUAAAAAAGUCACAGCACACACUGCCUAGUUUGUGAGGAACUGUAAAUGAUGAUAAAGCAGACAAAGUGUCGAAAGUCACUCCAUCAUCAUUUGUCCUACACACAUCUGAGGCGGCUCUAAAUGUGUAAUUUGGUAGAAUACCCUAAGGAUAAGGAAGAAUGUAAGCAUACAGGCUGCAAUGUGCAUGUGUGCACAUAUGUUUCUCAGCCACUGAGUCAAUGAUUAGCUGUGUGAAUGUGGGAAGUCAUGUUUAUUAAUGCUCAAGCUAACCAUUCACUGUGUGACUGACACUCAUUAACUCCAUUUGGAUUAAUGAGUAACUGAUUAACAUGAGCCAUUAUGAACUGAGAUUUACCAGCAGUUCACUGAGGAGGAAAAGGGGGAUGGGAGGGCUGGGAGAGAGAGCGAGAGAACCAUAAUUGGAGUCUAAUCUUUGAUGGAUGGGUGAGUGGAUCCCCUGCAUGCUGUUGAUUGCUUUUGAAUAACUAACACUAGAAUACACAGUCACUAACAAUGAACACCUCCAGCCACCGAAUCUGUCCUGCACAUAGUUAUGAAAAAACUAGACGGAGCUUAUAUUUCCCAACAUGGAUUUAUCUCUUAAAUGUUUGUUAUGUUUUUUCCCCCAAAUUCUAAUUUUUUUUAUUGCUUUGUUUACUUUUAGGCAGCUGCCAUACAAGCUAGUGGAGAUCUAACAAAAAAGCAACAGUUUCCAAAAGAAGCACCUUUAAUAUUUAUUCUAGUCACUUAAGCAGAAACAGUUUUAUAAAAAGGAAAAAAAAAAGGGCGGGGGGUAUUCACUGUGUAGAAAAGAAAAAAAGGUGUAAAAUUAGAUUUUCUUUUUUUUUUCCCUGCUCUGUUUUCAGUCUGCCCCGGGGAACUUUGUCACAAGUUUGCAAGAGUAAGCAUGCAGAAUUGUCUCUAAAUGUACUAAAGAUCGAUGUAGCUUUGAUCUAUGAUGUCUGACUACAUUUUGAAAGCGCACUGGGGGGAUUGUCUGGUGGGUCUCUGACCAGUUACUUCUGCACCAUAAAUUUUGACACGAGGCAAGAGAAUUAAUGCAUAAACCUGCAUCACUGCUAUUUCUAAGUUUGCUUGUGAAACUCAAGAGCUGCUAAUUUGAUCUGAUAGGAAGAAAAAGACCGUGUCAAGAACAUCCACUUCCUUCCACGCAUUCUGUCUGUAGUAGACAUGUAUGUAAGCCCCCCCCCUCCUCUCAAAAAAAAAAAAGGCAAGGCAAGUUUAUUUGUAUAG